UCACAAAACAGUUUGUAGUUAGAGAGGUGAGGUUGCAGGAAACAGAACAUAGAAUAUAAUCUCUGUAUUCUAGGGUAGUAAGGUUGCAGGAAACAGAACAUAGAAUAUAAUCUCUGUAUUCUAGGGUAGUAAGGUUGCAGGAAACAGAACAUAGAAUCAAAUGACUGCAAAACCAACGAGCCAAGCUUCACUCUCCGAGGAGGAGCUGCUUUGUCCUGUGUGUUGUGAGGUAUUCAGCCUCCCCGUCCGGCUGAAAUGUGGCCAUAACUCCUGUAAGGUGUGUUUACAGAAGCUGUGGGAAUGGAAGGGAGGCAGGCAAUGCCCCGUGUGUCUGACCACGUCGAGCUCAGAGAGGCCUCCUGUCAACCUGGCCCUAAAGAUCGCAGCCGACAUGUUUACAGAGCAGAGGACGACCAGGGGAGAGGAGAGCCCGGAGGAGGAGUGGUGUCGUCUUCACAACGAGACGCUGAAACUGUUCUGUCACAACGAUGAGGAGCCAAUCUGUGUCGUCUGUCAGCUUUCUAACCAACACAGAGUUCAUGUGUGUUGCCCUGUAGAGGAGGCUGCUCUGGAGAAAAAGAUAGAGGUCUCAGCCAAGCUUGAUUCAUUGCAGAAACACCUGAAAAUACUCAACAAGACUAAAGAGGAUUGGGAAGAAACCAAAAAUUACUUAAAGAGCCAGGUGGACCAGACGGAGCGACAGAUGAAGGAGGAGUUUGAGAGGCUCCAUCAGUUCUUGAGGGAGGAGGAGAAGAACAGAGUGGCCAAGUUGAGGCAGGAAGAGGAGAACAAAACUCAGGUGAUGUGUAUGAAGUUGCAGUUCAUCAAGGAGAGGAUCGCUGCCCUCACAGACACCAUCAGCCAAGUAGAGAAGUCUAUACGAGCGGAUGAUGUGAAGUUUUUACAGGACUACAAGAAGACAAAGAGCAGGACAAAAGGUCCCCUGGGAGAGCCAGAGUGUAUCAGAGGAAUCCUCAUAGACGCUGCCAAACAUCUGCAAUCACUCAAGUUUGGAAUCUGGAAGAAGAUGGCAGACAUUGUCCACUGGGUCCCCAUAACCCUGGACCCCAACACAGCCCAGCCCAACCUCAGCUUCUCUAAGGAGUUCAGCAUGGUGAGGUACAGCAAAAAGAAGCUCCUGCCAGACAACCCCGAGCGCCUAACUAGCCGCAUCUCUGUCCUGGGAGCGACAGGUUUCACCUCCGGAAGACACAGCUGGACCGUAGAGGUGGGCCAGAGCAGAGACUGGUACAUCGGAGUCGCCCGAGAGUCCAUCAAACGCAAGUCCACCAUCUUCCUCAACCCUGCUGAGGGAUUCUGGGUAAUCGGGUUGUGUAACGGGGAGACGUACUGGGCCCAGACGUCCCCGCGGACGCGCCUGGACGUGAAGAGAGAGAGGAAGCCGUGGAGAAUCACUAUAGAGCUGGACUACGACCGAGGGAAGGUGCUGUUUCUGAACGCAGUAGACUCAACGCUGAUACACAUGUUCAAAGAGAAGUUCACUGAGAGGAUCUUUCCUUAUUUUGCUCCUGGGAUGUAUGAGGAGGGAAACACCUCCCAUCCCCUGACCAUCUGUCCCCUGACUAUAUCUAUAGAGGUACUGGACCAGAUUAUACUACCAUAACACCUCCAGUCCCCUGACUAUAUCUAUAGAGGUACUGGACCAGAUUAUACUAUCAUAACACCUCCAGUCCCCUGACCAUCCGUCCCCUCACCAUCUGUCCCCUGACCAUAUCUAUAGAGGUACUGGACCAGAUUAUACUAUCAUAACACCUCCAGUCCCCUGACCAUCCGUCCCCUCACCAUCUGUCCCCUCACCAUCUGUCCCCUGACCAUCUGUCCCCUGACCAUCUGUCCCCUGACCAUCUGUCCCCUCACCAUCUGUCCCCUGACCAUCUGUCCCCUGACCAUCUGUCCCCUGACCAUCUGUCCCUGACCAUCUGUCCCCUCACCAUCUGUCCCCUCACCAUCUGUCCCCUCACCAUCUGUCCCCUCACCAUCUGUCCUCUCACCAUCUGUCCCCUGACCAGCCAUUUGUAAUCACCAUCACUAUUCAGUACUCAAGUGUGCAAAAGAAGAAUAGUCAACCAUAUUAUAAUUAUAGCCAUUGAUAAAGGUCAGAGGUCAGAAAAUGUUUAGUAGCAAACCAACUAGUUGAUCUUGUGUAUUUGUGACCAUGUGUGUUUAUAAUAAACUUUGUAUACUUACAGAAGAUACCCUUAUAUGGUAUACUUAUAGAAGAUUCCCUUAUAGAAGAUUCCCUUAUAUGGUGUACUUAUAAAAGAUACCCUUAUAUGGUAUACUUACAGAAGAUACCCUUAUAUGGUGUACUUAUAGAAGAUUCCCUUAUAGAAGA